CUCCCGGACGGGGCAAAAAACAUGUCGCCGCUGGAAAAUUACCCGAUCGGGCCAUUGCGUGCCCCGUGCGCGCGCCGGCCAAUCAGAGGCGGCAGAGCAGCGGCCGUGCACAGGAAUGGCAGACGCGGCCGCUGCGCUGCCAGCGAAUUGUUUGCUGAGAGCCGAGCACUGCGAUUUGCGUGCCGGGGCGGCGAGAGAAACGAGGCCGGCGCGGGUUGGCGCCAGCAGAACGGGUCGUCGGCGGCGGGUGGGAGAGCGGUGGUGGUGGGUGGUUGGUGGCAGCAGAGGCAGUGGCAGUGGUGGCAGAGGGAGAGGGGCAGCAGCAAUGCUCAGCGAUGGUGGCCGUAGAGGGGGUUUGCCCUUGUGUUCUCUUUUUCUUCUGUACUUGUUCUUGCUUGUGCUCUUCUUUCUUCUGGCCUGGCGCCUCCCUUGGGUCCUCACAGCACCCAGUGAAUUGUUUGACACCUGUUCAUCAACAUAACAAUGAUUUCCGCUAGAUCCAUCAAAGCUGCUGCUAAGCAAGCCUUAGCUGUCAAUGCUAGAAUUGUCCCAAGACUUGUACGUGCAAGACCAUUAGCUGCAAGAACCUAUGCUUCUGCUAAGGCAC